AUGGAAGACUACAACUUCAAGUUCAGCCAAUGCUUUGGUGAUAAGGCUGAUAUUGUGAUAACAGAAGCAGAUAUCAUCUCCACGGUGGAGUUUGACCACACGGGAGACUAUCUUGCGACUGGAGACAGGGGAGGCCGUGUUGUGCUGUUUGAGAGGAAUAACAAGAAGCAGGGGUGUGAGUACCGGUUCCACACUGAGUUCCAGAGUCACGAUGCGGAGUUUGACUACCUGAAGUCGUUGGAGAUUGAAGAGAAGAUCAACAAGAUCAAAUGGUGCAAGCGGACCAACCAGGCGCAUUUCCUCCUAUCCACGAACGACAAGACCAUCAAGUUGUGGAAGAUCUACGAGAAGCAGAUAAGAAUGGUGUCUGAGAACAACUUGAGCUCCUUGAGCUCAACAGGUUCGAACAUGUCGGUAUCACAGCUGAGGUUGCCCCGUAUGACGCUCCACGACAAGAUCAUCGCAGCCACUCCCAAGAGAAUCUACUCGAAUGCACACGCAUACCACAUCAACUCGAUCUCCAUAAAUAGCGAUGGUGAGACCUUUAUGAGUUGUGACGACUUGAGAAUAAAUUUGUGGAACCUGAAUAUCCCAGACCAGAGCUUCAACAUUGUCGACAUCAAGCCAGCCAAUAUGGAGGAAUUGACCGAGGUGAUCACGAGUGCAGAGUUCCAUCCACAGUCGUGUAACUUGUUCAUGUACUCGAGCUCGAAAGGUGCCAUAAAGUUGGCUGACAUGCGUGAGAAUGCCCUCUGCGACUCACAUGCUAAGGUAUUCGAGGAGUACGUUGAUCCUGCGAACCACAACUUCUUCACGGAAAUCACCUCGAGUAUAUCAGACGUGAAGUUCAGCUCUGACGGCCGGUACAUUGCGAGUCGAGACUACAUGACGGUGAAGAUCUGGGACAUAAACAUGGAGAAGGAACCGAUCAAGACCAUAAACAUCCACGAACAGUUGAGGGACAAGCUCUGCGACACGUAUGAGAACGACGCCAUCUUUGACAAGUUUGAGUGUGUCUUCAGUGGGGACGGUAAGAGCGUUAUGACAGGGUCAUACAACAACAACUUUAUGGUGUAUCCUGACGUUACAGAUGCCAGUAAACCUCAGGAGGAAAUCGUGUUGCAGGCUGAUAGAUCUGCCUUGAAAUCCAAGAAGCAACAGUUGAACAAGAGGAAGAACGGCGUGCCUUCGAUGCUCAAGAGGGACUUGGAGUUGGACAACAUUGACUUCAAGAAGAGCAUCCUCCACUUGUCAUGGCAUCCGUUUGAGAACUCGGUUGCAAUUGCUGCGACUAAUAACCUCUACAUCUUUUCAACGCUGUGA